AUGCCUGAUCAGGACAAAGAGUUGAAGAGUGCAGAAAAGGCAGCAGACAAAAAACCUCAUGGGAUCUCGAUGAGGGAUCUUAAAAGACUGCAGUCUCUCUUAAACACUCAGUCCAGCAACCAACAGCUUCCAGCUAUACAUUUUGAAAGUGGUCAAACCAGUGUGACGAGAGCUCAGCAAAAUGUCAAAAGCAUUGAACAAAAACCCCAUGGUCAAUGGCAAGAAUCAACAGAAGCUGUUGAGCUUGAACACUUUAGUGUGACCUACAAGAAUGAGAGAAAUUUUAGUCAACAUCCCAAACAUAAGCUGUUUCAAGAGAUCUUUAUGGCUUUGGUUAAGAACAGGCUUUCCUGCAGGGAGUGGGUUAAUCAAGCUCCAUCUAUCCAUUUUCUUAGAGUAUUAAUCUGCCUGAGAUUAUUAGUAAGGGAUCCAUGCUACCUGGAAAUGCUCCACAGCUUGGGUGGGAUUGAAAAUCUAGCUCAGUAUAUGGAAACGGUGGCAAAUGACUAUCUUGGUUACGGAGAAGAGCAGCAUAACGCAGACAAGUUGGUCAACAUGACAUACAUUUUCCAAAAGCUUGCUGCUGAUAAAGAUCAAAGAGAAUGGGUUAUAGCAAGUGGAGCACAUAAAACCUUAGUAAAUUUGUUAUCCGCCAGAGACAGCAACGUGCUUUUGGGUGCUCUCCUUGCUCUGACUAGCCUAGCAGAGAGUCCAGCAUGUAGGGAGAAGAUAAGUGAGCUCACCAUUGUUGAGAACUUGCUGGUGAUAUUACAUGAAUACGAUUUGCUUUCUAAAAGGCUCACAGCAGAGUUGCUACGUCUCCUCUGUGCAGAGUCACAAGUCAAAGAGCAAAUAAAAAUGUAUGAAGGAGUUCCAGUCUUGCUCAGUUUACUCCAUUCAGACCAUAUCAAACUUCUAUGGAGUAUAGUUUGGAUUCUGGUACAGGUUUGUGAAGACCCUGAGACUAGUGUGGAAAUCCGGAUUUGGGGCGGAAUCAAGCAGCUCCUUCAUAUAUUACAGGGGGAAAGAAAUCUGGUUUCUGAUCGCUCUUCAGUUGGAAGUUUAUCCAGUGCAAACGCAGCAGGGAGAAUCCAACAUCUGCAUUUGUCAGAUGAUUUCAGUCCUGAUGAGAUGCAAGAAAAUACUUUCUUACUUCAAGCAGCUUGUUGUGCUGCGAUUACUGAACUGGUGCUCAAUGAGACCAACGCUUACCAGGUAGUACAGGCAAAUGGAAUAUAUACAAUAGCAAAGCUGACUUUACCAAACAAAGAAAGGAAUGCUGAAAAAGCUAAUUUAUUACAGUGUUAUGCCUUCAGAGCCCUGAGAUUUCUCUUCAGUAUGGAAAGAAAUCGACAUAUCUUUAAAAGGCUUUUCCCUACUGACUUGUUUGAAGUCUUCAUUGAUAUUGGACAUUAUGUGCGUGAUAUCGGUGCUUAUGAAGAGUUGGUAUCAAGGCUAAAUUUAUUAAAGGAGGAUGAAUUGAAGCAAAUUGCUGAAAGUAUUGAGAGCAUGAAUCAGAAUAAGGCACCUACAAAACAUAUAGGCAAUUAUGCAAUUUUAGAGCACCUUGGCACUGGAGCUUUUGGAAGUGUAUAUAAGGUUAGAAAACAUAAGGGACAAAAUCUUCUGGCAAUGAAAGAAGUCAAUUUACACAAUCCAGCGUUUGGAAAGGACAAAAAAGACAGAGAUAGCAGUGUAAAGAACAUUGUCUCUGAAUUAACCAUCAUCAAAGAGCAGCUUUAUCAUCCAAAUGUUGUACGGUAUUAUAGAACCUUCUUGGAAAAUGACAGAUUGUACAUCGUCAUGGAGCUCAUAGAGGGAGUGCCAUUGGGAGAGCACUUUCACUCUUUGAAGGAAAAGCAACAACGGUUUACAGAAGAAAGAGUAUGGCAUAUAUUUAUCCAACUUUGUCUAGCUCUUCGUUAUUUACAUAAAGAGAAAAGGAUUGUUCAUCGAGAUCUCACUCCAAACAAUGUCAUGCUGGGGGAUAAAGACAAAGUUACAAUUACUGACUUUGGGCUUGCAAAGCAAAAGCAAGAAACCAGCAAACUUGAAUCGGUAGUGGGAACCAUUCUAUACUCAUG